AAGAUGGCGACAGAAGGCGAGGCCGAUAGUGCGCCUUUAGCUGAAGCGGAGGCUGCAGAGGGUGAUGCUGCAUUUGGAGACUUGGCUACGAACAUGGACACAGAAUCCUCCAAUGGCAAGGAAACCAUGGACACCGCGGGCGAAGGGUCUGAAGCGGCCGACGCCCAGGCCGCCUCUGGAGACGAGGAUAACGGCCGGCAGCUCGGGGACGUGGAGCUGCAGUGCGCGCUCUGUAUGAAGUGGUUCACCGCCGACACGUUCAGCAUCGACACGUCAACUUGUCUUGCUUUCAUGACCAACUAUGUGUUUCACUGCAACGUAUGCCAUCACAGUGGCAACACCUACUUCCUGAGGAAACAAGCCAAUCUGAAGGAGAUGUGCCUCACUGCUCUGGCCAACCUGACGUGGCGCUCCCGGACUCAGGACGAGCACCCAAAGACCAUGUUCUCCAAAGACAAGGACAUCAUACCGUUCAUUGACAAGUACUGGGAGUGCAUGACCACCCGACAGAGACCCGGGAAACUCACCUGGCCAAAUAACAUUGUGAAGACCAUGAGUAAAGAGAGGGACGUGUUUCUGGUUAAAGAGCACCCUGAUCCAGGGAGCAAGGAUGCCGAAGAGGACUACCCCAAGUUUGGACUCCUCGACCAGGAUCUCGGCAACAUCGGACCCUCUUACGACAACCAAAAACAAACGACUUCUGUCGCAACUGCAGGUGGCCUAAACGCUGUGCGUUGUGUUCCAGGUGGAUCUGGCUUUGCAGGUGCUCUGGCUCCUGGCGGGACGGGGAAAGGCCGCGGGGCCAAGCGCAAGCAGCAGCAGCAGCAGGAAGGGGGCACAGCGGGCGCGGCCAAGAGAACCCGCAGCGACCCGCUCUUUUCUGCUCAGCGUCUGCCCCCCCAUGGGUACCCCCUGGAGCACCCCUUCAACAAGGACGGGUACCGCUACAUCCUGGCCGAGCCAGACCCCCACGCACCGGACCCAGAGAAGCUGGAGCUGGACUGCUGGGCAGGGAAGCCCAUUCCUGGGGACCUGUACAGAGCCUGUCUGUACGAGAGGGUCCUGCUCACCCUGCAUGACCGAGCUCCCCAGCUGAAGAUCUCAGAUGACCGUCUGACGGUGACCGGGGAGAAGGGGUACUCCAUGGUGCGGGCGUCCCACGGAGUGCGGAAGGGCUCCUGGUAUUUCGAGGUCUCCAUCGACGAAAUGCCCCCCGAUACAGCGGCCAGGCUGGGCUGGUCACAACCUCUGGGGAACCUGCAGGCCCCGCUGGGCUAUGAUAAAUUCAGCUACUCCUGGCGCAGUAAGAAGGGGACCCGCUUCCACCAGUCCGUAGGCAAGCACUAUUCAGACGGCUACGGGCAGGGAGACAUCUUGGGCUUUUUCAUCGAGCUACCGGACUGCACGGAGACCGCAAAAGCACUGCCUGACACCUACAAAGACAAGGCGCUGAUUAAGUUCAAAAGCUACCUGUAUUUCGAGGAGAAGGACUAUGUGGACAAAGCAGAGAAGAGCCUGAAAGCAGUGAACCCCAGUAGAAUGAUCUUUUAUAAGAAUGGUGUGAGCCAGGGUCAGGCCUAUGAGAAGCUGUUUGAAGGAAUGUACUUCCCAGCCAUCUCUCUCUACAGGGGCUGCACGGUGUCAGUAAACUUUGGACCACAAUUCAAGUACCCUCCUAAAGAGAUCAAGUAUCAACCAAUGAGUGACAUGGCGUGGGGGGCUGUGAUCGAGCACACGCUAGCCGACAUGCUGUAUCACGUGGAGACGGAGGUGGACGGCCGUCGCAGUCCCCCUUGGGAAGGUUAACCCCCCCACCCCCUCUGCCUCAUGCCCCUUCAUCAGGGCCAAUCCUCCUCAUCGUCAUUUUACACAUUAACCACCUGCAACCCAACCCAAACUGAUCAUGAUCACGGUGAUCUCACUCAUUUACAGUAUGUUGCUUACUGUAGGGUAUUUGACUUUCCUGUACUAGCCAGACUUCAGAAUCAUUUCUUCCUGUUUAUGAAUAAUGUAAAGGCAUACUCUGUAGGUUUUUUUUCUUUAUUUAAUAUUUUUUACCCUUGCUGUGGUCUGUUUUAAAGAGGUCCCCUUCUCUGUCAUCAAACCCUGCCCACUCUCCUCUGUUUUUAUAUUUUAAAUCCAUGUGACUGUUUUUUAAUCUUUAUAUCUGUGUUUUUUAUUUUAUAUCUGUCGCCAGUGAAGAAGCAGUCCCGAGGUUGAGUAGUCUCGCUUCACUGUGCUUCUGCUUCUACACAUUGGCCGGUGCAGUAGCUCUCUGCACACGCUCAGCUGAAGCCCACCCUAUGAGCUCACAGUCUCCGUGCCUAUGCCCACUGUACACACAGAAAAGAGUGCCACGCACACAAACAUCCCAAACUCACUUUACAAUAACAAACACAAAGCAAAGGGGCACAGAUUUGGCCAAGGUGCGCAAAGACGCCGAUUGUCCAUUGCGUCGUAGGUAUGCCGUAGCAGGGUUAUUUUAUUAUAUUUUCAAGGUAAGAAUCAUGCGUUGUAUGCCUUUUCAUGUUACAUGUCCCCAUCAGUGACCUAGUAAGCAAUUUGUAUAGUGCCUACGUUUUUAAUUGAAACGUCAACGGCCCACCAGGGGACAUUAUUGAGCUCAACAUGCAGUGUUUUGUAACCCACUUCACUGUGGCUGUCCAGACCAACCAAGACACCGUUUCUGGCUGAGUUAAGCCGCCGUACGCCGUACGGCGACUCUCGGUAACGCUCUGAAACCCCCGCCCGCAAGCCGAUUCGCUGCCUGCGGGGGCCAGGCGCCGGCGUCAGACGGUCCUGAGACGGGUCGUUCACACGCUCUGCGACAUUCCACAAGGGUUCCGUCGCCUCGGAAGUCUUCGGCAUUAACUGGGCUCAAGUGUAGCAACAAGUGCGCGCAACAUCUGGCUCCGGCCCCCGCCGCGCGCUCGAGCGCUCGGAGUGUGCGAUGCAGCCUGGAGGGACGCGUCAGGGCCGGGGGCUCCUCUCCCUGGCGUGAGCCGCCAAGCACCUGCUCGCUCUGGCGUUCUGCGCGGGGAAGAGGGGUGACGUUUUUAUUUUCAAAACUAAGGGAAGAAAUGUAGACGUUUUCAGGAGGAAAAGGCCCCCCCCGUUACCACACCAAACCACACCACACCACACCACACCACACCACAUCACCCAGCCCAUUCCAGUCUGUUCAGCCAGUAUUUCCACAGCGGUAUUAAGACGGUCAGAACAUGUGCAUUUGUACUGCAUGUGCCUGCUUGCUCUCACCCGUUCUCAGCAGCUGUCCGGUUCCUGAGCCCAUUCACGUCAUAAUUGCGAUUUCUGUAAAAUAUUUUUGUUUUUUAUUAUUUUGUAUUGAAACUGAUUUUAAAUAAAAGUGCAAGUGAUG